AUGGUAGGAGGUCAUUUAAUGGGUGAAGUGGCCAAUAAGAUCAUCAAGGAGAUUGUUAGACAGCCUAGACCUGAUUUCCAUAAGGAUUUCGGAGCUAACUCGGGGUUAACAUAUGGGAUGCCUCUGGCCCAUUCGCAAUUCAUGGGCUUUCUAUCGGUGUACACAUCAUUGCUUAUCAUCUAUCGAGUUCCACGUCUUCUGGGCCAAUGGAAGAUAUUCGGGUGUGUUUUGAUGUUUUCCAUGGCAAGUGCCGUGGCGUUCUCAAGAGUGUAUCUCUUAUAUCAUACGAUUGAACAAGUAAUAGUUGGAGUGUCACUAGGACUGGUCCUUGGUUUGGGCUACUUUACAAUCACUGAAGCGGCACGUGACUUGGGGCUCAUAGAUUGGGUUCUUCUGUGGCCCUUGAUUCGUUUCUGGUACGUGCGCGACCUGUAUUACCACAACUAUCGUACCUUUAAAGAAGAGUACGAUGAGUACGAAGCACUUAGAGGUAAAGCAAAGCAAGAGUAA